UAUGAAAAAAUAUACAAAGAAAUAGAAUGUAGUAUUGCGGGAGCACAUGAGAAGAUUGCUGAGUGUAAAAAGCAAAUUCUUCAAGCAAAACGAAUACGAAAAAAUCGACAAGAAUAUGACGCUUUGGCAAAAGUGAUCCAGCAUCAUCCCGACAGGCAUGAGACACUGAAGGAGCUAGAGGCUCUGGGCAAAGAACUGGAGCAUCUCUCACAUAUUAAAGAAAGUGUUGAAGAUAAGCUGGAAUUGAGACGGAAACAAUUUCACGUUCUUCUUAGUACUAUCCACGAACUUCAACAAACAUUGGAGAAUGACGACAAGCUGUCAGAGGUGGAUGAAGUUCAAGAAAGUACCAUGGAAACAGACUCUAAGCCGUAGAUGGGCUGACUGUCCCUAGUCACAGGGACAGUGGAAAGCUGCAUGGGCUUACUGGGUUUGGUUUAUUGUGCUUUUGAGAUGCUUCAACUUUGGCAGUGAAAUGCUUUGCUUUUAAAUAUUAAAAAAAAAAAAAGAAGUCUUAA